CAUUGGCCCAGCCGCCUCCUUUGCCAACCUGCCGGCUCGUUUCGCGGCGUCACUUCCGGCCGGGAUCAAGAUGGCGUCCGGAAGCGGCCUACGGGGCCUUUGGGAGUGAGCCCGGCCGGCUCUCCGAGGCGGAGCCCGCGAAGGGCAGGGUUCAUGCAAUCACGGAAGUUUCUUUGUUGCGUGUAACUUCUCAGAACGGAACGGGGUUCCAGAAUGAAUCAGAACUCAACCGAGCCUGCAGUAUCAGUUGAGACGUUGGCGGAUGUUCCUGAGCACGUGUUGAAAGGCCUUCCCGAGGAAGUGAGGCUUCUCCCUUCUGCCGUCGACAAGACACGGCUCGGUGUCUGGGCGACCAAGGCCCUUGGCCGAGGCAGGAAGUUUGGUCCGUUUGUGGGCGACAAGAAGAAAAGGUCCCAAGUGAAGAGCAAUGUGUUCAUGUGGGAGGUUUACUACCCCAACUUGGGAUGGAUGUGUGUUGAUGCCACGGAUCCUCAGAAGGGGAACUGGCUGCGCUAUGUGAACUGGGCCCGUUCCGGAAAGGAGCAGAACCUCUUCCCUUUGGAGAUUAACCGGAGCAUUUACUACAAAACCUUCAAGCCCAUCGAGCCUGGCGAGGAGCUGCUGGUGUGGUACAAUGGGGAAGACAACCCAGCCAUAGCGGCCGCCAUCGAGGAAGAGCGGGCCAGCAACCGGAGCAAGCGCAACUCCCCCAAAGCCAAGAAAGGGAAGAAAAAGUCCCAGGAGGCGAAAAGCAAAGGAAAGAAAGCCAAGGAUAAGAAACAGGAAACUGUUUUGGAUCUGACUCCUGUCGACAUGAGGGAGCCCAAUGAAGGUCAUAAGGAGGAGGAGGAGGAGGACACCCCCUCGGUUUCGGCCGCGCUGUUGCUGGAGCAGACGGCGGUCAUCCAAGAGAUGGUCAACCAGGAUGCACUUCCGGAUCUGGUGGCCUCUGGUCCGGCCGGCGAACCGCACCUACCGCCUGUGGAGCAGCCCAGCGUGAUGACGCGUGGGUCAAACAUUGCGGGGGAGCGGGAGGAGGGCUCCGAGGGGGGCGAGGACCCCGAGGACAAUACGGAGGAGGAAGAGCCAGAGGAGGAGGAAGAGGAGGAGGAAGAAGAGCUGGAGGAGGAGGAAGGAGAUGUAGACGUGGCCAAAAUAAGCCCUGACCCCGAACCGGUCUCUGUUUGUAAAGCGGAAGAGCCGAGCGGCACGUCCGACGACUCGCCGGAGGGCUCCCCGAAGAAGAAGCCGGCCGUGAAGGGCGCCAAAGCCAGAGGCGAGUCCGGCGGCCGGGCGUUCAUGUUCCCCUGCCAGCACUGCGAGCGGAAAUUUGCCACCAAGCAAGGCCUCGAGCGGCACAUGCACAUCCACGUCUCGGCCAUCGGACACGCGUUCAAGUGUCGCUAUUGCGGCAAGGCCUUUGGGACGCAGAUCAACCGCCGGCGACACGAACGGCGGCAUGAGGCCGGCCCGAAACGGAAGCCAGCCACCACCACCACCGUGGCUCAGCAUCCUGAAGAAGAUUCUGGAGACCUUAAAAUUGUUGAGGACGGCGUCGGCGAAGAAACGAACGCUAUGCCGGAGUUGUCCGCUGCUACUGAGCCAGAGGAAACUACAAAUCCCGCUGCUGCGGAGGAGAGCAAGGACACCAAAGAGCUGCACCCUUGCAAGUACUGCCGGAAGGUGUUUGGGACGCACACCAACAUGCGCCGGCACCAGCGGCGGGUCCACGAGCGCCACCUCAUCCCCAAAGGCGUGCGGAGAAAAGCGGAGGAGCCGCAGCCCCCCGCGGAGCAGGCGUCCAGCGCGUACGUGGCGAGCGCGGACCUGGAGGAGGACGGCGAGGCGGACGACGUCUACAUCAUGGACGUCUCCAGCAACAUCUCCGAGAACCUCAACUAUUACAUCGACGGCAAGAUCCAGUGCACCACCAGCACCAGCAACUGCGACGUCAUCGAGGUCGAAUCGGGCUCCACCGAACUCUACGGGAUCAAUUGUUUGCUCAGCCCCGUCACGGUGGAAAUCACCCCCAACGUCAAGGCAUCUCCAGGGGAAACAUCGAAGGAGUUGUCGGGCGCCGGAAGCUCCGAGCCGAAGAAGAGGAGGACAGCGAGUCCCCCGCUCCUGCCGAAGAUCAAAACCGAGCUCGACUUGGAGCCCAUAACGUCGUUGUGCUCGUUGACGAUACCCCUGACGAUCUCGACCACCGAGAGCUUGCCGUUCCCCAAAGAGAAAAGUAUUUAUUUGUCGUCCAAGCUGAAGCAGCUGCUCCAGACGCAGGACGGCAACAAAGCGGUGCCGUCUCCGCCGCUGCCGUCGGGCGAAAUGCCCAAACUGGGCCACCCCGCCGGGUCGCCUCCUCUCUUGCCCGCAUCCUCGAGCAGGUUCAAACGGAGAACCAGCUCCCCGCCGAGUUCACCCCAGCACAGCCCGGCUCUUCGAGAAGGCAAAAACGCUUGGAACGAUGCCGUGCUAGGUUCAAAAAUCCCCAAAUUGGAGAGUCACAGCAACUCGCCUGUGUGGAGCAUGUCCGGGAGGGAAGAGAAGGAGACGGCGAGCCCGGAUGAGUAUAAAGCACCCCAAGACUGGGCGCCGGCUCCGUCUUUCGGCAACGUCUGCAACCAGCAGCCGCUGGAUUUAUCCAGUAGUAUGAAGCAACGCUCAAACGGCAAGAACCGGACUCCAGUUCCCUGGGAAUCGGUGCUGGAUCUCAGCGUCCACAAAAAGCCGUGCACUGACACGGACUCUGCGGCCCUGCCGUCGUGUAGUAGUACGGUGAAGAAGAAGCCCACCACGUCCAUGCUUCAGAAAGUGUUGCUCAACGAAUACAACGGCACGGAGUCCGCCGCGGAAAGUGCCGCACCGGAAACAGGUCCAGGGAUAAGUUUGGGCGCCUUAGCGGAAGAACAUCCAGAGCCUGUCGCUGGUCUUGCCGUACCAGUUGUCGAAUCGGUUUCUCCCAAAGCCUCUCCUGAGACGUCGUGCCACGUGCCGCCGCUCCUAACGCCGACGAGCCCGCCUUCCCCGCCUCCCUGUCCGCCCAUGUUGAAGGUCCCGACGCCGCCCCCGCCUUUGCUCCCAACUGUCCCGUCUCCGCUCCCAGAAGAGCCCGACAGCGUCGCUCCGAGUCCGUGCCCGUCUCCGCUGUCCAACGCCACGGCACAGUCCCCUCUCCCGAUCCUUUCUCCAACCGUUUCGGGGUCUCCCGUUCCUUUGGCCGAGCCACAUAGCUGUCCUUCGCCCGGACCCCCCACUCUCUCCUCCUCCUCUUCCUCCUCUUCCUUUUCCUCCUCCUCUUCGUCGUCAUCAUCUUCUUCUUCGUCUCCAUCUCCUCCUCCUCUCUCCGUCGUCUCUUCCGCCCUCUCCCCCGGUGAUAAUUUAGAGAAUUCGAUCCCCAUGAUGUCGUUGAAGCAAGAAGAGACGGAAGACGAUAUCCGGAAUCCAGGCGAAGUUGACGCCGACGCCGGUCAGGAACCUUUCAGCAAGAGUUUCGUCUGCAACGUCUGCGACUCGCCGUUCCUGUCCAUCAAGGACCUCACCAAACACUUGCUGGUUCACGCAGAGGAGUGGCCCUUCAAGUGUGAGUUCUGCGUCCAGCUCUUCCGGGAGAGGACCGACUUGUCCAAGCACCGCUUCCGGCUCCACGGCGUCGGGAACAUCUUCGUCUGCUCGGAAUGCAAGAAAGAGUUCGCCUUCCUGUGCAACUUGCAGCACCACCAGCGGGACCUCCACCCGGACAAAGAGUGCACCCACCGCGAGUUCGAAAGCGGGACCCUCCGCCCGCAGAACUUCACGGACCCCACCAAAGCCGACGCCGAGCUUAUGCGGAGCCUCCCCGAGUUGCCGAAAGAAGAAGAGGACGACGAGGAGCUCAACGACUCCUCCGAGGAGCUUUAUACGACCAUCAAAAUCAUGGCGUCCGGCAUCAAAUCGAAAAACCCGGACGUCCGCAUGGGGCUGAACCAACACUACCCAAGUUUUAAACCUCCUCCGUUCCAGUAUCACCACCGCAACCCGAAUGGGAUCGGAGCCACGGCGACGAACUUCACGACGCACAACAUCCCGCAGACGUUCACCACCGCCAUCCGCUGCACCAAGUGCGGGAAGAGUGUCGACAACAUGCCGGAGUUGCACAAGCAUAUUUUGGCGUGCGCGUCGGCCAGCGACAAGAAGCGGUACACGCCGAAGAAGAACCCCGUGCCGUUGAAACAGACCGUGCGACCGAAGAACGGCAUCGUGCUCCCGAGCCCGGCGGGGAGCAACGCGUUCCGGCGCAUGGGGCAACCGAAGCGGCUCAGCUUCAGCGUCGAGGUGAGCCGCAUGUCCUCCAACAAGCUCAAAAUCAGCGCGCUGAAGAAGAAGAACCAGCUCGUGCAGAAGGCGAUACUACAAAAGAAGAAGUCCCAGCAGAAGGCGGAGAUGAAGAACAGCGCCAUAGACCCCGACUCGCACAUCUGCCCUUAUUGCAACCGGGAGUUUACGUACAUCGGGAGCCUGAAUAAACACGCCUCCUUCAACUGCCCCAAAAAGCCUGCCUCGCCGUCCUCGAAAAAGAAAGUCAAGAAGAAGAACAAGGCGGCGGCGGCGGCGUCUCUUUCCGCCGGCGAGAAAAGCAACCAACGCCGUCGGACGGCGGACGCGGAGAUCAAGAUGCAAAGCGCGCAGGCGCACUUGGGGAAAACGCGAGCCCGAAGCUCCGGUCCGUCACCCGUCCCGACCCCGCCGCCGGUGUCGUCAUUCAAAUUGAAGCAGAGCAUCAAAUCCAAAAAGGCCGGCGCUCCGGUGAUAACAAAGAGCGCCAAUCUCACAAAAGUGACCAAAAUGGUUCCGGUGGAAGGCAGGAAACCCAAAGGUCUGACCAAAAACGGGGCCUCGGGGCUCCCCGGGAAAAGCGCCUGCAAGCUGCACGUGCGGAUCCAGAGGAGCAAAGUGACUUUGGCUAACAAAGCCGCCGCAGCUGGCAAGAAGAAGAAGAAGAAGAAGCGGGACCGGUUCAGCGGCAAGUCGAGGGAGAGGGUCGGGGGGCCCAUCACGCGGAGCCUGCAACAGGCCACCAGCCCCGAGGCCGCCGAGGGCAAGAAGGACGAGGGCGGAGCAAAGCCAGAGGUGAAGGAGUCCAGGAGCCCGCUGUGACGAACCCGCGGACGCGAGGGCCUCCCAAUUUCUAAACCGUCAGGCUCAAAACGGUUGCAGUCCUCCCCUUCAAACGAGGGGUCCCACGGCUUGGAAGUCCCCCCAGUGGGGCAGAAGAAGACCCGUCCGUCCGGGGCCGAACAAACGCCGGACUCCUUGGGGCUGUGCUGGCCGCGGAGCCGGGCUCGAUGCAUCCCCGGGCUCCGCUUUGUGGCGACGGACGUGGCUCAGACUCUCCGGGAAGGACGGAAAUCUGCGUGGCGUGUCAGGACGAGCAUCGAGCCACAACAAAGACCCUCCUUGAGACAUAUUUGGGGGGCUUCUGAGGUUUCUUUGGACCGUUUUGGUGCCUGGAAAAAGCCUUUUUCUGCGACCCGUUGUAUAGCACAAACCCGUCAACAGAUGAAGUCACUAUUGGUUGGCUGACGGUAUCUCACAGCAAACGUUUCCGAUGGUUUCCCUCUCUUACUUGUAAAGCAAGACUAUUAUUACUAUACUUAUUAUUAUUAUGGUUUUCUCUUUGUUUUUCACACACAUUUUCCCCCCUUCCAGUUGGUUAAAUAAAAAUAUAACACUUUAGUUUUGCUCGUGCGGGAAUCUACCUCUUUACAAUUUUCGGUUUACAUAUUUUCGUGUUUUCAGUUUUCAUAUUGUUUGGCGAAUCGGUGCCACGUCGGCCACGUUCGCCGCCUUCUCGUUCACUAUCAUUCCCUUAUUUACGUGGUUUUUUUUCCUCCGUCGGAUGUGGAAUUUCUCCAUCGAACCGAUGUGUGUGUAUAUAUAUAUAUAUAUUUUGCGGGGAGGGAGUCAAAAAAUAUUUAAAGCUAUUUAAAUGGUUUCCGGACCCGAUGUGAUUGACAUUGAACACGGGUUUGCGUUCCUUUCGAGACUGUUCCGAAUUUUUGCUGUUCUGUCGUUUCCUAUUGUAAACAACAUGGACAUUUCCAGUACAAAAAAAUAAGAGGGAGAGAGGGAUCACCUCCCUCCCCCCAAAAAGGUUGUCAUUGUUUUGGUUUUGCAAAUGGCGUUGUUGCAUAUAUCUGAAAUAUACCAUGCAGGCGA